AUGACUAGCAUAGAGCCAAGUCGCCACUAUUUGGCUAUUGGUCACCACUAUUGGGCUAUUGGUCGCCACUAUUUGGCUAUUGGUCACCACUAUUUGGCUAUUGCUCACCACUAUUUGGAUAUUGGUCACCACUAUUUGGAUGUUGGUCACCACUAUUUGGCUAUUGGUCACCACUAUUUGGCUAUUGGUCACCACUAUUUGGCUAUUGGUCGCCACUAUUUGGCUAUUGGUCACCACUAUUUGGCUAUUAGUCGCCACUAUUUGGCUAUUGGUCACCACUAUUUGGCUAUUGCUCACCACUAUUUGGAUAUUGGUCACCACUAUUUGGCUAUUGGUCGCCACUAUUUGGCUAUUGGUCACCACUAUUUGGCUAUUGGUCACCACUAUUUGGCUAUUGGUCACCACUAUUUAGCUUUUGGUCACCACUAUUGGGCUAUUGGUCACCACUAUUUGGCUAUUGGUCACCACUAUUUGGCUAUUGGUCACCACUAUUUGGCUAUUGGUCACCACUAUUCGGCUAUUGGUCACCACUAUUCGGCUAUUGGUCACCACUAUUUGGCUAUUGGUCACCACUAUUUGGCUAUUGGUCACCACUAUUCGGCUAUUGGUCACCACUAUUUGGCUGUUAGUCACCACUAUUUGGAUGUUGGUCGCUACAUUUUGGUUGUUGGUCGCCACUAUAUGGCUUAUGGUCGCUAUUGUGUGGUUGAUGGCUGCUGCUGA